AUGUCGACCGAUACCCCGUCCACCGGCUUGUCGAGCGAGCCCUUCGUCUGGGUCAUCCUGCCUCUCGUCAGCGUCUUCGCCAUCGGCGCUUGCGCAAUGUUCCUCUGGAGCCGACAAAAGCAGCGACGGCGUGCCGAGCCUUGCGCCAGGUCGGGAGACGAUGGCGUCGUCGUCGCCGGCGGCGCUCACGUCAGAUACAGGCAGGGCGUGAGCUGGUCGCCGCGGUCGGACGCGCGACAAAUGGACGAGGGCCUGAACGAACUGGGCGAGGCGCCGCCUCCGUACGACUCCAAAACGCCGCCUGCUCUUGGCCGCGGGCACCACGAGUCGGGGACAGAGCCACGGCAUGCCGAGACUGCGACGCGGCAUCUGGAGCAUCCGGUUCGGCCGCCUGCGGCACAUGUCACCGCCGCGGGAGGCGCUUCUUCAUCAUGA